AAUAAAGCAGCACCCUCAUCAGAACCGAGACUUCCUUUGGAUCAAAUACUAACACUCUCCCCAGAACACCGCAUAACUGCACCUGUAGACAAAAGCACUUCAUAGAAAGGUAUAAAUCAAAUCAAGUCAAAAGCAGAAAUGGCGUACAAAAUUGACGAGAGAAACAAGAACUUAUUUGCCAUUGUCGAUGACAAGAUCGUGCCUCGAUCGGAAGCCUCCAUUCCAAUUUGGGAUGCUGGAUUCCUCCAUGGGAAACAGAUUUGGAGCAGUCCGAGGCUCGUCAAUGGAAAAAUCUUUCGUUUGCAAGAUCAUCUCGAUAAGAUCCGACAUGGCAUUCAAGCCAUGAAUUGCAAAAUUGUUCCCGACGAUGCCGUCUUUCGAAAGGCCAUUCGCAAUGUGCUGGUUGCCAAUAAAAUGCAAGGGGCGACAGGAGUGCACAUUCGCAUUGUUUAUACCCCUGGAACUCAAGUGACAGCCAGCAUGAACAUGAAAGCCGUCGUCAAUUGGGAUGGGACUCCCGCACCGCCGAGAAUCAUUGUCAUGCCAGAAUGGCGUGGCAUGGGGACCAUCUAUGACACGGUCAAGGGUGAAAAAGCCAUCAUUUCGCAGUACAGGAGACCCUCUCCACAAUUCGCCGACCAACGAAUUCACAGCAACAACCAAAUCCACUCGUCACUGGCAUGUGAUGAGGCCGUCCAAGCCGGUGUGGCAGCUGCGUUAAUGUUGGAUGCGGACGGGUUUGUAGCAGAAGCGCACGCCUCUCACAUGGCCAUUAUCAAGGAUGGCAAAUUCUAUACACCGCAUGUUCGUUGCUGCCCCCCUGGUGUCACUCGAAAAGUACUUUUGGAGGUUUGUCAGUCCAACGACAUUCCGGCCAUGGAGGAUGAUAUUACUGUAGAACGAUUGAUGGAUGCUGAUGAAGUCAUGAUUAUGGGUACCAUGUCAGGACCCAUAUCGAUUACUCACGUGGAUGGAAAUGUCAUUGGAGACGGGGAGAUUGGACCCAUGACGACACGGCUCAAAGCACUCUACAACGACGCCAUGGCGGAUGAGAAGAACCUUUUUGACAUCUUUGCCGAAGAAGAGUGAUGCUAGCUAGAUAUUGUAGUGUACUACCAGCACUGGUACUAGUGAAUUCAACGCUCAACU